UUUGUGCGUGUUUGUAGACUCGCGAAUUACCAGAGAUUUCGAUUUUCUGAAAGCAAUUGAGACGUGAAUUUGGCGUGAUCACCUGUUAAAUACCACGUUGGAAGUGUUCUUUUAACAAAUUAAGAUUAUUACUGUGACUUGAAGAAUUAGAAACAUGUCUCUCUUUGGGUCUUUGAUGGGGGAUGUUGAAGAUGAUCCGUUUUUCGGCUCGCACAUGCAUCACAUGCGUCAAAUGAACAACAUGAUGAACUCUCUCUUCUCGGACCCGUUCGGCAUGCUGGGCGGCCCGCUGUCCCUCAUGCCGCGGUCCAACAUGGCCAUGGGCAUGGGCGGCAUGAGCAUGAUGCCGUUCAUGCCGCAAAUGCCUCAGAUGAACAGAUUGUUCUCUGCAGACCUAGACGGCCCGAUGUCUGCCGGCAGCUCCUUCAGCAGCAGCACAGUCGUCAUGUCUUCUGGUGGACCCAACGGGAAACCUCAGGUAUACAGCUCGACCAGCAGCACAAAGAUCGGCCCCAACGGCGUCAAGGAGACCCGCAAGACCCUGCAGGACUCGCGCACCGGGACCAAGAAAAUGUCCAUCGGCCACCACAUCGGCGAGCGAGCUCACGUGGUGGAAAAAGAGCAGAACGUGUAUUCAGGCGACCAGGAGGAGAGACAGGAAUUUAUUAAUUUGGAUGAGGACGAGGCUGAGGAUUUCGACAGAGAGUUCCAGCAGAAAGCCGGCGCCUACGCGCGCCCCGGCCGCGCCGCCCUCGCCGCCCCCCCCUCCCGCGCGCCGCGCCUGGCUGUAGAGGCCGCGCCCGAGCACGCCGCGCACGAGCACGCCGGCGCCGGCGCCGCGCCGAUACCCAAUUCGAAUAGCGAACGAGAAAGACGCGCCAUUCGGCCCACGCCGCGCCGCCCGCUGAGAACUGCUGCCAGCCCGCUCGCACAGGGCGCCAACAGUUCGUCCGUGCGCUCCGUGUACGGCGGCUCGCACCCGCAACGCCACCGGCACGACCGCCCCCGCAACAAGCGCCACUCCCCCGCCGAGCACUAGCUGCCACCGCUAGAAAACACAGGAACUGACAGGCGGUAACAUCUGGUAUUAUGCUAACGUCACUUUGAAUAACGUAUAUGGCGCGGGUUUAUGGGGAAAAGUUCAUGUGCCGUUUCCAAUCAAAAAGUCCCACUUUGUCGCUUGCCAAGACGACGCUUUGACAGGUUAUUCGUAUAAAGAUCAAAUAUAUAAAGGCAUGAAAAUCUCGUCUUUAUGGUAAGCGACAUAGUGAGACCUUUGACUAGACUUCGACACAUAAAAACUUCUAAUCUUCCUUUAGUGAGGCAUACGCAUAGCAACAGUUAAAAUAUGCCGGAACCAACAAGCAACCGCAAAAUCAUUCUUAUGAGAAUAAUGUAUAUGGCGCAGUAUUUUCGGAAAAGUUUUGGUUAGGUCUUAUACGUUACUUGAUAAUAAUAGCUCCCAGACCCACAGCGAUAUAAUGCCGGGAUCAACAGGCGGUAACAUCAAUAUUACGCUAACGUCACUUUGAAUAACGUAUAUGGCGCUGUAUAUUGGGGAAAGAUUAGAUACGUCUGAAGACCGAUAUAUUACGAGAUACUAAUGAGUAAUGAUGUAUCAGGUGAAGACGAUCUGUCUGGCUAUUAUCUCCCUCUUUAAUUAGCAAUCUAACAAAACCACCAAUAAAUGUAUGAAUUGCGCGCCAAUAUAAUUGUUAUCAUAAAAAAAUGUAUUUACGUCAAUGACAUCCAUAGUGGUCAAUUUUGUGUUCUUUGGCGUAAAAAUAAUAAUAAGCCAAAAUAUAAGAGACCAUGUAAAAAUUGGAUAUAGUUAUAAUCUGUGUUCAAUUCAAAAUAAGACAAUUCCCAAUUAAUAAUAUUUCCUUAGAAUUAAAUAGUUGCUUGUCUAGAAUUUCAA